AUCCAUGCAGCGCUCCACACACACUUCCUCUUCAGAUCAGAGCGGGUUUGGGGGAGUUUCUGCAGUUUGAAUAUCCCACUCACAGCUGCUAAACAUAAACAUAAUAGCUGGGAAUUUGUGUUUGUAAAGAAGAUGGAAGCAUAGCAGACAACACUCGCAAAAAAUGGACAUCAGAGAAAGGAGCAGACUUCAUAGGGAAUCUCUUCGGCUCCAGGAUCCAUUCCUACACAAGGGUUCGUCAACAAAGAAGCUGUGUAGAGAAAGAACCAGGCCUACAGACAGCAGAGAGAGGAGAUCUUCAGUGGCACACAUCAGAUCUGUCAGGGACAAAAGGCCAAUGGCCGUGAGCCAGCAGGCAAAUCUCAGUGCUGUUAGACCUGCUGAGAGGAACUGGGUGAAAGCUGUCAGCCAAAGUUCAUCUGCUCAAGUUAAAGUGGCCUCAGUGGUCAAAACUGCGGUAAAGGGCAAAGCAGAAUCUGCACCCAAAAAGAGAAGGAAAAUUCACCCGUCUGGUUUCAAAGGAAAAGGUCAACUCAAACUGACAGUUACUCCAGGCAGAGGGUGGCUCUAUGUUCAAAUUUUGGAGGCCAGAGGACUCAUGGGAAGAGAGUACAAACCAUGUGACUCAUAUGUAAAGAUAAGUAUUGCUCCAGAUGUUGACCACAGCAAGCGAUGGAAGACCAGGACCGUUCUAGAGUGCAAGAGUCCUGUUUUCAACGAGAGUUUUAUGUUAGAUGUGGAUGAAGACGAUCAGAAGAAGAGGCUGUUGUUAACUGUGUGGAAUCGCAGUCAAACUUCCAGGCGCAGUGACUUCCUGGGCUGUAUGAGUUUUGGUGUCCACUCCCUCAUCACCUCGUCUAAGGAGAUCAGAGGUUGGUAUUAUCUCCUGGGAGAGGAGCUGGGCAGGAGCAAACAUCUGAAAGUGGCCUCACGUCGCAUCAGACAGACCGCUGAAGCUGCUGCGUCCAACUAUGAAGCUGGAGCCGAGACCACAAGUCCAGAGAACAUGCAGUCAUUUACAGUGACCAUUUUGAGAGGAAAAGAUGGUUUUGGCUUCACCAUCUGCUCUGACUCCCCUGUACGGGUCCAAGCUGUUGAUCCAGGUGGUCCAGCUCACCAGGCAGGUUUACAGCAGCUGGACACAUUAUUGCAGCUAAAUGGCCAGCCGGUUGAACACUGGAAGUGUGUAGACCUGGCUCAUGCCAUCAGGAAUUGUCGUAAUGAGAUCACAAUGGUGGUGUGGAGGACAGUGCCUAUUAUGAAGCCUUACUAUGAGGGGCUUAUCCACAGACCUUCCUACAAACCCUCUGGAUUUGAUUCUCUCUCUUCCACUGCAAAGACACAAAACAAAACCCCACCUUUACUCUCUCGACCUACCAAUCACAAAAAGGGGCGCCGUAAAAAACCAAGUGGCCCUGAUAACACAGGAAACGGAGUAGGAGAGUCGUUGUGGUCUUGGACGGGCAAACGAGAAGAAAAUGACUACAAAACACGCACACAGACCCUCAAAGGUACCCGUGUGACAUCAUCAAAUGGUGACAACUACAUCAUCCUCUCUCCUGUCAGCCCUGGAAACCAGAUAUUGCAGCCAGUGUAUUCUGACUCCAAUGGCACACUGGGAACUCUAGGAAGAAUCUAUCAGACUAGCCGAGGAGUGCAGCAGAGCCCAGACUACCUGCAGAAUGGGGGGCUGCAAGCACAGGCCACCUUGUGCAGGUCUAUGAACAGUAAGACCACAACCUUGCCUCCUUCAUCCUACAGACAGAGCUUUGCCAACUACCAGAACUGCACCAUCGUCCAGUCCCACCUGCCUCACUCCAACUAUGGCACAUACGUCAGCCUGGCCCCCAAGAUUCUCAUCUUCCCAGUUUUUGUCCAGCCACUGGACCUGUGCAGCCCAGAGAGAGUCCUGGUGUUGUCAGAGGAAAUGAUCCUUCAUGAUAGUAAACACAUAGCUCUUAAGGCUACAGUGUUCAUCUACACAGAUCUGAUGCUGUUGACCAGGGAAGAUGAACCGGGCCGCUGUAAUGUUCUACAGAGUCCACUUUACCUUCAUGAGAUACAGCUGCAGGACGUUCCCGCAGACAAACUGCGGCUGUACAUCUCCUACUGGAUAGAGAGGACCGAAUGUCUGUUCAGCCUGGAAGCCUUUUCAUCCGAGCAGAAGAGGAGGGUUGUUCAGUGUCUGAGAGACAAUAUUGACAAGCAGCUCGCCCUGAGGGACAGAAUGGGCCCUGACCAGAUGCUGGAACCAAAAGCAGCUGAACAGGCUGCUGAUCUGGGUCUGCUCGGCUUCAGCUCUCACAGUGUGUCUGAGCCCUGUUCCCCAUCAUGCCCCUCUGCAUCGCCCAUCAUGAGAAGAACCAACUGCAGCUCUCCAGCUCAGCGCCUGCACUGCAGCGCUGGAGAUGCCAACCAAACCACUCCGACCUCUCGAGACGCCUGCAAACCUCCAUACCUGGAGACCUCCGAGAUCUGGAAGGACAGACAGAAGGAUGUGAAAGCAGGCGGCCAAGAGUCAGAACUGGAGAAAAGGGAGCAGGGGGAGGGCGAGAGCGCUUCCGAGACCAUCAGCAUUGGCGCCAGACCCACAUCUUCAUCGUCAUCUUCCUCACCUCUGGUCAUUCCUAGGCUGUGUCUGGAUCGCUCCUUCAACGCAGAGGCUUUGACCUCACCGUCGACUGAUGAUGAUGAUGAGGCGGAGGAGGAAGACGAUGAGGACAGCGAUGAAGGCUUCCUGAAGCGGAGGAGUAUGGUGGAGUCAUCUCCUAGCAGUGGGCAGCAGAGCGGGGGCUUGUGUGUGCAGAGGUCCCUCCACAGACGGACGCACAGCGAGGGCAGUUUGCUGCAGGAGCCUCGGUCUCCUCGCUUCAUCUCCGAUCAGGCCAUUGACUGCAUAGAGGCCAAACGGGAUCCUUCGGAGCGCUGGGCGGUUCCCUCGCCACAGACCCUGAGGAAAGAGCUCACCAAGAACGGAGGAUCCGUCCACCAGAUCUGUCUGCUCUUCACUGGAAGGAGGGUUUGUGGCACGCCGAACUGUAAAUGUGACACAGGAAAAACUGGUGUCAAACAGAAGAAAACCAAGAAUCUGGCCAAAGACAUGAAAAACCGUCUGACUUUUCUGCGGAAGAAGACCAACGACAGACAUGGAAGCAAUCCAGUCAGCAAGCUUGAGAAAGUCCUCAAGUCAGACAAACCGACUCCAGAGGAAGCGCUCAGAUGGGCAGAGUCGCUUGAUGCGCUGCUUUCUCACAAAUAUGGCCUGGUGGUUUUCCGCUCUUUCCUGCAAACUGAGUUCAGUGAGGAGAAUCUGGACUUCUGGCUGGCCUGUGAGGACUUCAAGAGGAUCAAAUCACUGUCCAAAAUGACAUCCAGAGCAAAGAAGAUAUGCACUGAGUACAUCUCCAUACAGUCCUCUAAAGAGGUUAAUCUGGACUCGUACACCAGGGAGCACAUCAAGGAAAACAUGGAGAACAUCUGCGCAGACUGCUUUGACCUGGCUCAGAGCAGAAUCUUUGGACUAAUGGAAAGAGACUCGUAUCCUCGAUUCCUCCGCUCUGACAUUUACCUGGAAUUAACCAAUCAAAAGAGACCCAGCUCUGCCGCAGAUCCAUCUUAAAGCCAUGACCACAAACGGCAGACAUUUAAACUUUGUUAGAUCAGUAUUGCUGGAGACGUAGUAGAAGAGGACGUGUCUACAAUCACAUAACCCACUGAUGCACAGCUUCGUAUUGAAACGUCAGUCAGCUAAGCACCUUGGAGAGCUCAGCCCGAUGGAUCAUUGCAUGGACAGAUUGUUUUUGGACGCUUCUGUGCUGCACCCUGUUGGAUGGUUGCGGCAAUAAGAUAGCGAUAAAUGUGUAAUGAACAUGGUGAAAGUGUUUACUCGAAUCAAUGUGCCAGAAAACCUUUGCACCUGUUGACCCAGUGGCAGUACAUAGAGGGUGCAAAGCAUGAUGGGUUUGGGAAAAAAAGAGAGAAAUUUUGGUACGGUUUUGUUCAGCUUUACCAACAAACCUUUUCACUUUUCUUUCCUGCACAGACCUCAACAUACUCAAAUUUUACAAAGAUCCUAGUGAAAUGAUAUCGGACAAAAAACUAAGUUAAAAAAAACAGUAUCUGAGUUGCAGUUAACAGCAUGUUUAUAUUCUCUCAAUACUACUGACAGAGCACUAAUUCUUAUUACUUUCAAGGGCUUUGGUAACAUUUCUACAUCUGUUCUUCAUGAAGUGGCCCAGUGGCUCUAAUUCCUUAUAUUUUACAAGUGCAAUAUACAGUUAGUUAUCCUUAUUAAUAUUUCUUAAACAUAACAAUAUAUUAAAGGGGUCAGAUGUUUUUUUUAUAUAUAUAUAUAUAUAUAUAUAUAUAUAUAUAUAUAUAUACACAGUGUACAAAUGUUCUCCCAUAAUGCAUCAUACAGGCAUCAUAAGUUCAAAUGAAAGAAAAUGUAAUUCCUGAUGUAAAUGACAGAGGCUGAGCUAUACAGACUAACAGUUACAGUGAUGUUAAAACUGAAGGUAAUCUGUUUGUCAUCCUUGCUGUUAGUCAGUUGAUCACAUGUUAAAGAAAUCAGAAUAACGUAUCAAAGAAGCCAGAGUUUGUGUUUAAUAGCGGUUUAACAUAGAGGAGCAUGUACUGUACAUAGUGUGUGUGUUCUGUGUUGAUUUACAUUUUUAUUUAGCAGUUAGCUCUUUGGGAGACUCCUGUUUGGCAAAUACAGUGUCUUCAUCCUAACAAUAUACUUCCUUCUGUGAUAAUAUUUCUUGUAUUUAUUUGUGGGGUCAUAUUUCACUCACUGCUGCCUUCAUAUGUAACAUACUCUCAUCAAAUAAAAU